UCAACUUCCGCCCGUCUCGGGGCGGAGCCUACUCCGCGGCUACCAGUUGAGUUUCCGGGCUGCUCCGGCGGCCGCUGUACCUUCGGGAUGUUGGAGACUGAGCGACUUGUGCUGCCUCCCCCGGACCCCCUGGACCUGCCCCUCCGCGCCCUGGAAGUGGGAUGCACAGGACGCUGGGAACUGCUGAACGUGCCCGGGGCUCCCGAGAGCACCCUUCCCCAUGGCCUCCCUCCCUGUGCCCCGGCCCUACAGCAAGAAGCAGAGCAACUGUUCCUGUCAUGCCCAGCCUGGCUCCCUCUGCAUGCUGUAGAGCACUCGGCUCGAAAAUGGCCAAGAAAGACCGAUCCCUGGUCGCUCCUGGCUGCACCUGGGGCUCCAGUCCCAUCCGACCUUCAGGCCCAAAGACACCCAACCACAGGCCAGAUACUGGGCUACAAGGAGGUCCUGCUGGAGAACACCAGUCUGUCAGCCACCACCUCCUUGUCUCUUCGCCGGCCUCCUGGGCCAGCCUCCCAGUCUCUGUGGGGGAACCCAACACAGUACCCUUUCUGGCCAGGCGGGAUGGAUGAGCCUACCAUCACAGAUCUAAACACUCGGGAAGAGGCUGAGGAGGAGAUAGACUUUGAGAAAGAUCUUCUCACUGUCCCACCGGGCUUCAAGAAAGGCGUGGACUUUGCUCCCAAGGAUCACCCAGCUCCAGUGCCCGGGUUGCUCAGCCUCAGCCGUCUGCUGGAGCCUCUGGAUCUGGGUGGAGGUGAUGAGGACGAGAGUGAGGCUGUGGGCCAGCCAGGAGGUCCUGGAGGAGACACUGCAUCGUCCCCUCCCUCCAGUGCUCCCCUGGCUCGAGCAAGCAGCUUGGAGGACCUCGUGUUGAAGGAUGCAUCCACAGUCAUGUCUUCCCCGGAACCUCCCAAGCCUCCACCUCAGGAGCAGUGGGCCGUCCCUGUGGACGUUACCUCCCCUGUGGGUGAUUUCUACCGCCUCAUUCCGCAGCCAGCGUUCAAGUGGGCAUUUGAGCCAGACGUGUUCCAGAAACAAGCCAUCCUGCACCUGGAGCGGCAUGACUCUGUCUUUGUGGCAGCUCACACGUCGGCUGGGAAGACAGUUGUAGCUGAGUAUGCCAUUGCCCUGGCCCAGAAACACAUGACACGGACCAUCUACACUUCCCCCAUCAAGGCUCUGAGCAACCAGAAGUUCCGAGACUUCCGGAACACAUUUGGGGAUGUGGGUCUGCUCACUGGAGACGUGCAACUGCAUCCGGAGGCCUCUUGUCUCAUCAUGACAACGGAGAUCCUUCGCUCCAUGCUAUACAGUGGCUCAGAUGUCAUCCGGGACCUGGAGUGGGUGAUCUUUGACGAAGUGCACUAUAUCAACGAUGCCGAGCGUGGGGUCGUGUGGGAGGAGGUACUCAUCAUGCUCCCUGACCAUGUCUCCAUCAUCCUCCUGAGUGCCACUGUCCCCAAUGCCCUGGAGUUUGCUGACUGGAUCGGGCGGCUAAAGCGUCGGCAGAUCUUUGUGAUCAGCACUGUCUCCCGCCCAGUCCCCCUGGAGCACUAUCUUUUUACAGGGAAUAGCCCUAAGACGCAGGGGGAGCUCUUCCUGCUACUGGACUCCCGAGGGGCCUUCCACACCAAGGGAUAUUAUGCUGCUGUGGAAGCCAAGAAGGAACGGACGAGCAAACACGCACAGACCUUUGGGGCCAAGCAGCCCACACACCAGGGGGGACCUGCACAGGACCGUGGAGUGUACCUGUCCUUGCUGGCCUCCCUCCGUACCCGGGCCCAGCUGCCUGUGGUAGUGUUCACCUUCUCCCGUGGCCGCUGUGAUGAGCAGGCCUCAGGUCUCACCUCACUGGACCUCACCACCAGUUCAGAGAAGAGUGAGAUCCACCUCUUCCUGCAGCGCUGCCUCGCGCGUCUUCGAGGCUCUGACCGCCAGCUGCCCCAGGUCCUGCACAUGUCAGAGCUGCUGCGCCGGGGCCUGGGUGUGCACCACAGUGGUAUCUUGCCCAUCCUUAAGGAGAUUGUGGAGAUGUUGUUCAGCCGCGGCCUGGUCAAGGUCUUGUUUGCCACCGAGACCUUUGCCAUGGGUGUGAACAUGCCCGCACGCACAGUGGUGUUUGACUCCAUGCGCAAGCAUGAUGGCUCCACCUUCCGGGACCUGCUGCCCGGGGAGUAUGUGCAGAUGGCAGGUCGGGCAGGCCGGAGGGGCCUGGACCCCACAGGCACUGUGAUCCUGCUCUGCAAGGGCCGUGUGCCCGAGAUGGCCGAUCUGCACCGCAUGAUGAUGGGGAAGCCAUCGCAGCUGCAGUCCCAGUUCCGCCUCACCUACACCAUGAUCCUCAACCUGCUGCGGGUGGAUGCCCUCCGGGUGGAGGACAUGAUGAAGAGAAGCUUCUCUGAGUUUCCAGCCCGCAAGGACAGCAAGGCCCAUGAGGAGGCUCUGGCUGAACUUACCAAGAGACUGGAGGCUUUGGAGGAGCCCGAUAUGACGGGGCAACUGGCCGACCUGCUUGAGUAUUACAGCUGGGGAGAGGAGCUGACAGAGAUUCGGGCCGUGAUCCAGCGGCGCAUCAUGGAGUCUGUGAACGGGCUGAAGUCUCUCUCAGUGGGAAGGGUGGUGGUCGUUAAGAAUGAGGAGCACCACAAUGCACUAGGCGUGAUCCUGCAGGUCUCCUCAAACUCCACCAGCAGAGUCUUCACCACCUUGGUCUUGUGUGAUAAACCUGUAAUGGCUGGGGACCCACAGGACGGGGGGCCAGCCACUCCAGCUGUGCCCCACCCAGAUGACCUUGUGGGCUUUAAGCUGUUCUUGCCUGAAGGGCCCUGUGACCACACUGUGGCUAAGCUCCAGCCAGCAGACGUGGCUGCUGUCUCUACCAAGGUGCUCCGGGUGAGUGGGGAGAAGAUCUUGGAGGACUUCACCAGGAGGCAGCAACCAAAAUUCAGGAAGGAUCCUCCCCUUGCAGCCGUGACCACUGCUGUCCAGGAGUUGCUGCGUCUGGCUCAGGCCUACCCAGCGGGACCCCCAACACUUGACCCUGUCAAUGACCUGCAGCUCAAGGAUGUGUCAGUGGUAGAGGGUGGGCUCAGGGCCCGGAAGCUGGAGGAGCUGAUCCGGGGGGCUCAGUGUGUGCACAGUCCCCGUUUUCCUGCCCAGUACCUGAAGCUUCAGGAACGGAUGCACAUUCGGAAGGAGAUGGAGCGGCUGCGCUUCCUACUGUCGGAUCAGUCGCUUCUGCUGCUUCCCGAGUACCACCAGCGAGUAGAGGUGCUUCGGACCCUGGGUUACGUGGACGAGGCAGGCACUGUGAAGCUGGCGGGACAGGUGGCUUGUGCCAUGAGCAGCCAUGAGCUGCUCCUCACUGAGCUCAUGUUUGACAAUGCGCUGAGCACCUUACGGCCUGAGGAGAUCGCGGCCCUGCUCUCUGGCUUGGUCUGCCAGAGCCCUGGGGACCCUGGAGAUCAGCUCCCGAGUACCCUCAAGGAGGGGAUAGAACGAGUCCAGGCUGUGGCCAAGCGGAUUGGCGAGGUCCAGGUGGCUUGUGGCCUGAACCAGACAGUGGAGGAAUUUGUGGGAGAGCUGAAUUUUGGACUGGUUGAAGUUGUGUAUGAGUGGGCCCGGGGUAUGCCCUUCUCUGAGUUAGCAGGGCUCUCAGGAACCCCUGAAGGCUUGGUGGUCCGCUGCAUCCAGCGCCUGGCUGAGAUGUGUCGCUCACUGAGAGGGGCAGCCCGUCUGGUUGGGGAGCCUGUGCUGGGUGCCAAGAUGGAGACAGCGGCCACUCUGCUACGGCGGGACAUCGUCUUUGCAGCCAGCCUCUACACCCAAUGAAUGAGGUCUGGGGGAAAGUGUAACAAUAAAACAACAAAGCAGGGUA